CAAUAUAUCGCUACUACACAACGUCGAAAUGUUUUUCAUGUUCAAUUAAAUAUCGUUGAAUUUAGUGCAAUGGCUGAUGCCGUUGAUGUCGUUACGUUCUUUAAUUUUGAACGAUUGUUUUAAGUGAAACUUAUAAUAGAAGAUACUAUCAAGUUUGUAUUAAUUAUAUUUGUAAAUAUGUAUUUUGAUAUUCGUCGACAAGUAAGAGAUGGAAAAAUAUCAUAUAUAUGUCAAUAAAAGGGUAUAAAAGUGAUCCAAUUUGAUUUAACUAAUUGAAUAAAUCAUUGAUAUCACACAUUCAUGCAAUUAAUAUCAGAGAAAAAUCAAAUAUUUAUGUGUAUAUGAUAGUUGUUUAUAUUGUAUAUCAUAUGGAAUGUAACAAUCAAAAUAUAUCAACAAUGAGUGAAAAUGAAUCUAUGUAUGGGACAACAUUAUCUCAAGAAUCAAUAAAAGUGAUUGCUGAGAGUAUAGGAGUAGGAAACUUCCCAGAUGAAGCGGCCAAGGAUUUAGCUGAAGAUGUCAGUUAUAGACUCAAGGAAAUCAUACAAGACGCUGCAAAGUUUAUGAGACAUGGGAAGCGUCAACGUUUGACAACUCAUGAUAUAGAUCAUGCAUUAAAAAUAAAAAAUAUUGAACCAACGUAUGGAUUUUUUGCUAAAGAUCAUAUACCAUUUCGUUUUGCUUCUGGUGGUGGUCGUGAAUUGCAUUUUGUAGAAGAAAAAGAAAUAGAUCUUAAUGAAGUUGUUUCUAUGUCUGGUGGACAAGCAUGGCCCAAAUUACCUUUAGAAAUUACCUUACGUGCACAUUGGCUUUGUAUAGAUGGUGUACAACCAACAAUACCAGAAAAUCCACCUCCUGUAUCUAAAGAAGCUCAAAAAUUAGAAAGCGUUGAUCCUACGAGCAAAUUAACUAACAAGAAUCAAAAUAUAGGCGCUGGAAAACCAGGUGGUGGUGGCAAAAGUCAAAAAUUACGUAAUGUAGAAACUGUACAUGUUAAACAAUUGGCAACUCACGAAUUAAGUGUAGAACAACAACUAUAUUAUAAGGAAAUAACGGAAGCUUGUGUUGGCUCUGAUGAAGCUCGGAGAGCAGAAGCAUUACAAUCAUUGUCUGCAGAUCCAGGUUUACAUGAGAUGUUAGCACGUAUGUGUACGUUUAUUGCAGAGGGUGUACGAGUUAAUGUUGUGCAAAAUCACCUUGCACUACUUAUCUACCUUAUGCGUAUGGUUAAAGCACUCCUUGAUAAUCCAAGUCUAUAUCUUGAAAAAUAUCUUCACGAGCUAAUACCAUCAGUUGCUACCUGUAUAGUUUCACGUCAGUUAUGUAUGAGACCAGAAGCUGAUAAUCAUUGGGCUUUGCGAGACUUUGCUUCUCGGCUCAUGGCUCAAAUAUGCAAGAACUUUAAUACUUCUACAAAUAAUGUACAAACUAGAGUAACUCGCAUGUUUAGUCAAGCUUUAGCUAAAUGUAAAGAGACACCUCUAGCAUCUCUCUAUGGAGCAAUCGAAGGAUUAUGUGAAUUAGGUCCAGAGGUGAUAAAAGCAUUAGUUAUACCUAAAUUGAAAUCAAUUUCUGAACGCAUUGAAUCAUGUAUUGAAGGCCCAGGAUUAUCUAGCAUUGAUAAAAAUGGUGCUGGCCAUAUAAAAUCAUUACUCGUUAAAUCAGUAGCACCUGUUUUAAAAACGGUACGAACAGCACCAGAUUAUGUUGAAGAAUAUAAAUUGGAUUAUGGUUACAUAGGACCAGCUUUAUGCGCAGCAGUUGCUAAAGCUCGAACACAACCAACAGCUUUAGCAUCAACUGCUACAACUACCACAUUAACUACAACUCAGCAACAGGGACCUACUUGUACUACCAAGACUCUUGUACAAACAGAAAAUGUUUCAGUGUCAAAUUCGAACCCUGGUCAACAAGCAGGACGAACGAUAAUGCUUGGUACAAGUAGAACUGGUAAUACAACCACAACUGGUGGAGGUCAGAAAUUUGUUAUCUUGCAAUCUCGAUCUCAAACGCCUACCGCAUCAAAUAUAAAUAGUGGUACGAUACAACAACAGCAAUCUCAGACACAACAACAACAAGUAAAAAUUGCACAAACUAAUGUAAAUUCACAAAAAACACAUUUGCAAAAUGUGGCGCCUAAAUUGGUUGUUGUGUGUAUGUCUAAUAGUAGUCAUACAAAUACAUCUGUCACACAGCAAGCAAAUAUGACAAAUAAGACGCAAAAUGUCUUUGUAACACAACAGAGCGUCGAACAUGCAUUAAGUCCAGAAGAAGAACAAUCAUUUGAGUAAAAGUUAUAUUUUGAGUAAAUUAAUACGUAAUAAUGUUAAAGUAAAUUGUAGAAAUUAUUUUUGUACAAUAUUUCUCAUAUAUCAUGUGCAUAGUUGUAUAUAAAACCAAAUUUUGGUAUAUAUUUGCCUAUUCUAUUAAACAGAAUUUUUUGAA